GUUUAAAAGAUAUGUUUAUAAAUUAAAUUCAAGCCUUCAAUAUGCCUAGAGGUAUAUCAAAACAUAAGCAGCAGCGAGACGAAUUGGAAAUAAAUAUGGAAAAGAAGUUGCAGGAGGCGAAGGACAACGAACAGAAAGAAAUCAAACUCCAAGCAGCUGUGCAUGGAUUGUCUCGUGUACCAGGCAAAUGUCCAGUUGGCAGAUGCAAAGACGUAGUUUUCCCCUCCAACAUGAUGGUGCAUGUGCUGCACAAGCAUUUGCAUUCGACGGGCAUUACAAGCUCGGAGAUGUAUGAGCAUAAGCCAGCGGUAAUAUGCUUUGAUCCAAUGGUUUGUGAAUAUGGCGUUAAUAAGUGCUUGGCCACCUUCUUGUUUGGCGGAGUGGAGGGCAAACCACAAACGCUGCCGGGCCUCACCUAUUUGAGUCAACAUAAUUCGGCGCUAUUCAACGACAAUCGCAAGUAUGAGAAUUAUCUGCCCAUUAUGAUGAUGGCCUGUCGCAGCACCUGGUAUGCCCAUCUCAAGGAUAAAAUGUUGGAGCGCGAACUGGUCGGGAUGAAUGGCAGCAACGCUGGCAUCUAUGUCUUCUGGCUGGUUGCCCCAAAAACAACCCGCAAUCUAUACUAUUCACUGACCAUCUACGAUCGCUAUUAUCUAAACUCGCGUAGCGUUAUCCGCCUGGUGCGUGACUACGCCAGCUACCAGAAUCCCAGCGAUUUUAUACCCAUGGAGCAAAACUAUUUAUUGUUGCGCGAUUCGGAAGUCAAUGAACUCAUGUUGGGUCCAAAUCCGAAGGACAAGCAGUUUAGACCCGGCAUACCUAUGGAAAUCAUUAUCUACGAAAAUCCCACAGAGACGCCCGUGCAGCGUAUCGGCAAAAAGAAGCUGCAAGAGGCACUAGAGCAGCUGCCAGAUGAUUACAUAAGAAAAUAUGCUCCCCUAUCAGGAGACUGGUAAAAUAUCAGUGCAAAUGGACAAUCUUUCGUUAGUCAGUACACUUCUAUUUGGAUUCAGCCACAGUUCAAUUUGGUACUUUAAAAUUCUAGUGUAAAUAAAAUUGAUCGAAGUAUAUACAAAUAUA